CUCCAUAAAUAAAUUAAAUGAUGAGUUUGGUUUGGACCUGUUCCGUUUGGAAAGUGCCAUGAGAUGAUGAGAUGAGAAUGAUUUUAAAGCGCAGGGUUCUGUGGGGACGGCCGCUGCAGCCUGACCUCCUGAAGGAGAACGCUUGAUUUGCUGACAGAUAUGGAGUACAGUCUGAUGUCUGUAUGCUAAUUGCACCAAAGUUGACGGGUUACACUUUCUUCUUCACGAUGCGGCGAGUAAAUAUGAGAGUUACAAUGUUCUCCAGGGCGAUCAUUUUCCUGGUAGGGGCUGUGUUUAUCUGCCAUCAGGUCCUUGCAACAGAGGUCUUCAUUGCCGAGCUGAUGGUGGAGAGUAACGUCACACUGGAGGCUCAGACUAUCCUGACGGCUUUGAAUGGGACGAGUGACAUCACAGUGAACAAUAACAAAGUGACCGUCUCAGAACCUCAACUGAUUGCAGAGUGCCUAAUUGUUGGAGAUGAAACCACUUGCAACUGCUCGGCCGGAUACAUUUGGAGCAACGAAGUGUGCUACUCUUUCAGCUGUUGCCGUGAAACAAUUUGCAGCAGGAACGUGUCCCUGAUCACACCGCUGUGUGUUGCUAAAACCAAAGUUGAUAUCAAUGGAACAAUUACAGGAGUCACCUGGGACUCUUCAAAACAAAAUAUGCUUGUAUCUCUCCUCGGACAACUGAACGGCUUUGAGGGGCUGAAUGUAACCGCACAGAGGGAAGGAAACACAGUUGUUGAGUUUGAGUCAGCAGUCAGCGUCAGAUUAAACACUUCUCGACUUCAAGAAAUAGUGACUGAAGUGGAGACAAAACUCACUGGAAAACUUCUGGUCGACACUUCAGGAAUGGUCACCAUAAAGUCCCCCGAGACAACAGUGUGCUAUGAGUCCUCUCAAAAUCUGACUUGCAGUUUUGAGGAGGAGACGGACAGCGCCGUCUGGAACAUGAGCAACUCCAGGCAGCACUUUCAGCUCAACACUGGCAGCGUUGUAGCUCUGAGCAGCAAAUGCACGGCUGAGAAAUACAAGUCCUGCAUUACAGUUACACUCAAAAAAGUGACAGAAAUCUGGUCAGGUACAUACGUGUGUGGAUUCACUCGCGGCUCGCUCACACACAAAGCAAAGACCAGUUUGAGAGUGGCACUGCUCCCUGAUGUGAUCACCAUGACGAUCAAACCUCUGACUGUAGACUGUUCUUCGAAGGACAAUCAGGGUCAUUAUCCUGUUUCUUUGCCAGUUUGCGCCACUGCCACCAUCUCAAACACCUCUGAGAGCUUUCAGGUUUUGUGGAGCUACACGGGCAAAGAUAAGGGGAUCUCAACUUACACAUCUGAUGGAGAUUAUCUGAUCUAUGAGUUCAAGGGUCAGAUCGACUGUGUGGAAACCAGAGACGCACAAGUUAUUAAUGUCACCUUUAUUAACACGAAGGAACAAGAAAAAAAAGCAAGCGUGAACGUCCCAGUUAUUUAUAAGGGGGCUGAUUUUUGCCCUGAGGUGGAGGCAGAUGGAUCUAUUUGGCCGAAAACCCCGUCCAAAGACACGGUGAUUAACAGAACCUGUCCGCAGGGCCGGGUCGGCUACACCUCACGCACAUGUGGUGAAACGGCCUGGGAGGACGUGUACAACUCCUGCGUCAACGAAGAGCUGAACAAAGUUGUUAAUGCAGCAGAUAACUUCCUGAAGGGACUCGGGGCGACCCAGGAGGUGGCGAUGGAUAUCUUCCAAGGACUCAAGAACAGCUCUCUGCAGGAAUCUGGUGAAGGAGAAACGAUGGCCGACGUGUCCGCAUCCAUCAGGGUUCUGAAUGUGAUGGCGUCUGCAUCAGAAAAUGUUGUCUUGCAGGACGAUGUCCUUCCUGAUUUCACUGAGGCAGCGAGCAACAUGUUGAACAAUACCUGGAACAGUGUCAACAAGUCUGUUGUUGAGAACAUGUCAUCAAACUACCUUCAGUCUGUGGAGGAUCUGGUGAAGAACAUCAGGUUCAACCAAAGCAGAGGGGACAGAGGAUUCGAAGAAGAAAAGUUAGACCUCAGAUUCUGUUUGAGUAGUGACUGUAAUGUGACCGUGUUUGGCAUCGACGUGAACCUUAACAUGACCGGCGGACAACUGAAAGCUGUUGCUGUGAAAAAUCUGACGGAUAAGUUAAAAAACAACUUCAGCCCCAGUAAACCUUCCAGCCUGUUGAUCUCAGUCACACAAGAGAACAAAACUAAUUUGACAUUUAUCAGACUGGUCUUCCCCAAGGAGCAGCGCAGUCGCACUGUACCCUCCUGUGUCUUCUGGGACACCAAAAAUGAAAAGUGGUCAACAGAAGGAUGCAAAGUCUCGAAAGAUGGAAACGACACAGUCUGCGAGUGCACCCACCUGACUUCAUUCGCUGUCCUUUUUGCCAAGAGUGACGUCUCGACUUAUGUCUUAGAUAUGAUCACUAACGUGGGCCUGGGUGUGUCAGUCUGCUCCCUGCUGAUCUUCCUCAUCAUUGAGUCUCUAGUGUGGUCGGCUGUGGUCAAGAGCAACCUGUCACAUUUCCGUCACACGGCGCUGGUGAACAUCGCCCUCUUCCUCUUGCUCGCCGACUGCUGUUUCUUGGCUUCCACUGAGCCAACGAGUCUCAGCAGCACCAUGUGCCUAGUUUUCACUGUAGGCAAACACCUGUUUUACUUAGCCAUGUUCAGCUGGAUGCUGUGCAUGAGCGUCAUGCUCGUCCACCAGCUCAUCUUUGUCUUCAGCCCACUGAGGAAAAGAGUCUUUAUGUUCCUCUCCAGCAUCGUAGGCUACGUUUGCCCAAUCCUCAUCGUGGGAUCGAGCUAUGUGUACUGCAAAUAUACCAAUACAGAGUACUUUGAUCCAGACACAUGCUGGCUGCAAUACGACAGCCUCUUGAGGGGCUCCAUGCACGCUUUCAUCCUACCAGUGGGAACCGUUAUCCUGACCAAUCUCUUUUCCAUGGUGGUCGUCAUUCUGACUCUGACAAAGUCAUCUGUCCCUGACGGCAGCAAAGCAGAUGACAAGGAAACAGCCAAAAGCAUCCUUAAAGUGGUGGUUUUCCUGACGCCCGUCUUUGGAGUGACAUGGGUUAUUGGCUUCGCUCUGCUCAUUAUUGAUAAAACCGAGCCCAUGUAUCAAGUUGCUCUCUACAGCUUCACCAUCCUCAACUCCUUCCAGGGCCUUCUCAUUUUGAUAACAGGGUGUAUUGCAGAGGUGAAGGUGCGGGAGGAACUGUUGAAGCUCAUCAUGGCAAAAUCCAGCAGAGGAAAAAGUGAGAGCUUGAAAAACUUGACUUCAACCACCUACACGAAGGAAAAAUGAAGACAGAGGCUGUGAAGACGAGACGUGAGACAUGGAGCGAACACUUGUUAGAGUUAGCGUUGUGUUAGAUGAUAGAGAUGUUACUAUUUUGACUCUAAAUUUAAAAACAUAUCCACAAUAUCUGAGAAACCAAAGUGUAACACACUGAAUUCAAAUCUUCUGUUACUUCUUUAUGAAUCACUGACGGGUGAUAUUUAUUAGUUUAUUUGUUGAACUAUGGAAUCUUUAUUUUAAGUGAAUGUUAUUUGGACUCCCACCAGGAUGAAGUUAAGGUGUCUUUUUACAGAAGAGCCAACAGCCCCUUUAAGACAGAAAAGGCACAUUAGCUGCGAGGUAAAGGCUGCAAUGUGCCGCCUUGUCUUUCUAAAACGCAGGUGUAACAUUUCCUUCUUUUCCAAAAAGCCGCCACUUGGCCUCCACUGGGGUCGGUGUAAACAUGUGACGUGAAGCAUGAAGUUCGGUGUGAACAGGAAGCAGGUCAUUUGUCUUCAAAAUAAAAGCUUUACAUUGCACCCUAUUGGAGUGUAGAACUGGGCUCUGAGCGGGGGGCUUUUAAUUUGAAAGUAGCAUCCGUUAGUAGCUCGCUGCUACAACAACGAGCGGACAGUGAAGACAGCUACAGAGACGGAGGAGACGCUGCAUCUCCUGUCCAGUUAACGCACAACAGUUCAGGUCAUCGACACCUCCGCCCACCUCAGGCAGAAGCCGGCACCUCGACAUGGAUUUACUCUGAUUUAGUGUUCCCUCCGAGGCGUCAGACUGGCGGAUCACAACAGACCUCCAAUUUACUGCCUUCUGUGUGAAUCUGCGGACCGAGCUGCGAGGAGGACGGCCACACUGGCGGCUUGCUGCCCAAAAUAAAAACCACUAAUUAUCUGUUGAUCUUUGUACAGAUGCAAGUCUCAUAACAGCAUCAGUGCUACAAAAGACAUUUUCAAUCAACUUGAAUCAAAUUGUGACAUUAACUGGUAAAUAUUUCACAGAUAAACAACUUCACCCCACAUAGUCGCAUGUAAAUAUGGUUGAUGUAACAUUUUCUUCACUCUUCACUCGGUCCAAUCAUUUUGUUUACAUAUACAUUUAUAUGAUAUAAUAACCUGUAGACUGUGUGUGUCUAACCACUAUUCAAAUUUGAAUAUGUAUUAGCAAUAAAAAUGAGAAC